UUAUGGGUGAGCAGUUCUCUGGGAAGCAAAUCAAGAGGAAAAUUUCUGGUAAAGCUAAUUUUCUUGCUUAUGAUCUAGUUCCCUAAACCACCUCCUGGAGGUUGUGGUGUUGGUGGUGGGAAGGAACAGCACAGGGUCACAAGAAGGGAGCAGCCUGUCCAGUCUGGCAGAAGGUAAUGUCCAAAAGCCACAGAUACAUCAAGAAUACUUGCUUUAAUGGGAAAAAUAUUCCAGCCUUUGAUGACUCACUUCUCCUUUCCCUGUUACUCACUGGAGGGAAGAAGGUAAACCCUGGGAGCAUACUGGUACCUUUGUAGAACUGAUGAUUCAAAGGGCUCUUCCAAAUGCUGAGGUAUGCAGGAAAAAUUGCAGUAAAUUACAGUACUCAACACAAAUUGAACUGCUGAAUAAAGCAGACCCAUUCUAGUCUGGAGGUACUUCAUAUGGCUGCAAUUGCAGUAUGAAAUACAGCCUGAAAUAGUAAAAUUACUGUAGAGACACAGUUUUUAUACCAAUUAGCUGGUAAGAGAACACAAAACACAGGCUGUUAGCUCUUUGAUAAAUAAAGUAUUCAAAAAACAGCUAUACAUGUUUUUCAACAACUGCCAUUGGAAUUCUGGUUUGUCUCCAAUUAAAAUUACUUAGAUUAAAAGAAAAAAAGGGAAAUUAACAGUAUUAAAAUUUAUUAUCUUGCACAAUCAGGCCUAUAUAUUUUCAGAUAAAAUGUAAAAGAAAAAGCAUGAAAGUGAUAAAGGCAAGUUCUUUAACAUUAUCCCAAAAAGCACAAGUCUUACAGGAGGAAUUUUGUGUGUGAACAAAGGAGAAGGUAUGACUGAAACAAGGAGGUCACUUAGUUUACUACAGCAGAAGUAAUUACAUAUUUUAAUUAACAAAACCCCCAAAAACUUACUUCAGGGAUAUCUAGAUAAUUCAGAGCCUGCAACAAAAUACAGUAUAAAUUAUAAUUUAAAAAGCCCUUCUCUUCUCCUCAUGCAAUCUUUUUUCCUUAUUGCCAUUUUAAUCUACAAGAAUGAAAAAAAAAAUGUGGUGAUAAACACCAGAAGCUGGAAAGAAGUCUCCUGCUGCUAGUGUAGUGGCAGCAGCUCCUACUGUGGAGGGCAGUGCUCCCACAAAAUCAUGGAUGUUUACUUAAAAAUAGAAGGUAAACCCUCCACUUUGGCAGCAAAUGCUUCUCCUGUGGUAAAACUGUAGUUUGUAAAAGUUCAAUGCCAAGCAAUAGAGCUUGCAGAGCAAAGUUGGAAACUCCAAACGGUGCCUGGAGCAGACCUAGCCUUGAAGGGCAUUCCACGGCCUCCUCCCCAGGGACAUGCUCCAUGCCUAGUUUUGAACCACACCAGCACUCAUGACAGCCUACAAAAGUUUAGACUGGCAAAAAGCAAAGCAAAAGAUGUCAAAUAGUAUUUGCAUGAGGAUCCAUGGAAAAGUAACACAUAUUUGUCCCACAAUAGAAAGAUCUGUGGCUUCCCACAGUCUGAUUACUGAGUUACUCUUUACAUAUUCACAUUUCCACUGAACUUUAUUCUCUCUGAUGGUUGCAGUUCUCCUCAGUUUUCUCUGAAACUGUGCUUUCCUUUAAACAGUUUCUUAGUACCUAUUUAGAACAUAAUUUCCUAUUAUAUCUUCAAAAGCUUUGCAAUACAUAGGCAAGAAGGGCAAAGGAAGAUUUUUGGAUUGUCACAGAAAAAGCCAAAGAGGGCAGCUUUGAGUCACACUCCACCCUCUCCCUCACCUUCCCCCCCUCCCCCCCCACCAUGAAGAAGACUAAUGUUUAUUUUCCUCAAAAUAUAAAUGGUAGUGGGUUUUAUAGUAGGAAGUUCCUUAUGGUCUCAGUCAGAAAGGCACUCAGGCACAGUACAGUGCACCCAGGAUGUGUCAUACAGACAGACGGGCCAUCCAAAAGUACAAGCAAACAUUACUCUCAAACACUGUUCAGUAGUUCCUGAGCAACCAGAAGAAAUUACAUGUGAAAAUAAGAACAGAGAAAUGUUGGAAAGAGCUCCUUGGUCUCCUUGUUUAUGCCAGCAUCAGAGGAAAUCUCCUUCUUAUCUUCAGAUUUUCCCAUCUUCAUUGCUGCUAUAAUAUCCUCAUUCUGAAUGGGGAAACUAAAAACCACUCCAAUUAUCAGGCUCUUCACAUACAUCCCUGCAUUUCAGCAAGACAAAGAGCACUGUUAGGGAUAAAGCAGCUUCCCUUCUUUUCCACAGAGGGUGCACUUACUGCUGUAUGCUCUGUGACUUAACACAUACAAAUUUGGAUUUCUAUUAUCCAUCCCUAUGGCCUUUGCAGAUGCCAGAUUUGUUUCUUUACUGCUCAUCAAGUCUAUUAUUUAAUAAAGAGUAAUAGCUUGUUACAAUUGAAUUAUAUUUUAUAUUGUGCAUUAUGGUUGUGUAACAGACCAUGAAUGUUCCUGCAGACAGAUUCUGCAGUUUAUUCACCUGCCAUAGUUACAAGGUAUGGAAGAUCUAUGGGAAUGGCCUGUGCAAGUACCAUGGGCCUUGCUGCCAUGACCUGCACAGAAUGAAAAUUAAAAGCUGACUCUUAGUCAUUCUUUAAAUACAGUUUAAACGAAUUUCUGAAUACCUGAAUACUCUGGGGUCAGGCUUACAGCCCAGGAAAUAUGUAAUUCCUGACCAUUCCUCAAAUCUUUUCCUCUUCCAUGCCCAUCUUCAGGCCUUUAUGUCAUCUCAACAUUGUUGCUCUAAAUGUUUUAAUCAAAAUGAAGUUUUAGCAAGAUAUGCUUUCUCCUCAGAGUUUUUCUCCCCUCUUCCUGCACACCUAUGCUGUAGACCCUCAAAGUGUGGCCUCAGGUAAAAUACGGUACGUUCACCUAGGCAGAGAAAUGGAUGUGGCUGUGCUUUUAACAAGUACAGGCCAUACACCACACCAGUCUGCACUCCAGGAGUAUAUUUCUGCAUUUUGUCAGACCAAAAACCUUUCAGUCUUGAAAACUAAACAGAAAGUUUUGAGUUUGUUCUAGCAUGAAAAAAAAAAAAAUCCAUUUCAAACCCCCCUCAAUACAAUGACCACCCUGCAGCUGGCUUUACUUGGGAUUACAUUAUUUUGGCAAGGUCAGAUGGCCACCAUUCUUGAGGAACUUCCCUCUGUUCCACUGCACAGAUGUUUUAGUGAGCUGUUGCACGUCUACUAGACCUCCAGCAGUUAGCCCAACAUCCACCUUUCCCUUCAUGACUGGUGGGAGUGCUGUGUUAGAGUGCUUUUGACACUGAGAAUGCCUCACCCCUGAGGAGAAGAGAAGGUCACAGCAAAAGCUUAAAUAAUUCCUUUUUAAAUCAGGUUUUACGUAAUAAAUAAAGAUGACUUGCUGCAAAUAGAAUACCAGCUUAACACAGGCCUGCUCAAUGUUUCUAGGUGCAAUGAAUCGUGACAAAAGGCAGUGUUUGAAGAUGACUCCUUGAAGGCAACAGUGGGAGUGUCUCAAAAUCGUGCUCUAUAUAUCAUCAAGAGCUCAGGGAGCUGUUUAGCUUCAGCUGGCAAGCUGGAUUAUUACAUGCCUCUUUGAAGUUUGUAGGGAAACGCUGAUUUCACAAUGGGCUCCAUCAGUGCAGCAAAUGCAGAAUUUUGUUUUGAUGUAUUCAAAGAGGUGAAACUUCACCACCCCAGAGACAACAUCUUUUAUUGCCCCUUGAGCAUGAUUGCAGCCUUGGCCAUGGUCUAUCUGGGAGCAAGAAAUAACACUGAGUAUCAGAUGGAGAAGGUUCUUCACUUUGACAAAAUUGCAGGACUUGGAAGUAUCCAGACCAAGGUACAGAAACCUAAGUGUGGCAAGUCUGUGAAUAUCCACCUACUGUUUAAAGAAAUCCUCUCUGAUAUCACUGCACCAGAAGCCAAUUAUUCACUGCACAUUGCCAACAGACUCUAUGCAGAAAAGACAAGCCAGAUCCUACCGAUCUACUUAAAAUGUGUGAAGAAGCUGUACAGAUCUGGUCUAGAAAUGGUCAACUUCAAAACUGCAUCAAAUCAAGCCAGACAGCGCAUUAACUCCUGGGUGAAAAAUCAGACAAAUGGACAGAUCCAGGAUUUCCUUGAGCCAAGCUCUGUUAAUCCUCAGACUGCUCUGGUCCUUGUGAAUGCCAUUUACUUCAAAGGGAAAUGGAAGACCCCGUUUAAAGAAGAACACACUGAAGAAGUGCCCUUCAAUGUGACAGAGCAAGAGAGCAGACCUGUGCAAAUGAUGUAUCAGAACAGCACCUUCAGAGUGGGAAGAGUGGCUGAAGAUAAAAUUAAGGUCCUGGAGCUUCCGUACGCCAGUGGAGAGCUGAGCCUGUUGGUGCUGCUGCCUGAUGACAUCUCUGGCCUGGCACAGCUUGAGAACAAAAUCAGCUUUGAGAAACUUGCCGAGUGGACCAGUUCUCAGGUGAUGGAAAAGAGGAGAGUAAAAGUGUACCUCCCACGCAUGAAGAUUGAGGAGAAAUAUAACCUCACAUCUGUCCUGAUAUCCUUGGGUAUGACUGACCUGUUCAGCCCCUCAGCCAAUCUCUCUGGCAUCUCUUCAGCAGAGAGCCUGAGAGUAUCUGAGGCCAUCCACGAGGCAUACAUGGAAGUCACUGAAGAGGGCACUGAGGAGGGUGCUGGCUCAGCAGACGACACAGAAGACAUCCAAUAUUCCUCUCAGUUUGAAGAGUUUAGGGCUGACCACCCAUUCCUUUUCUUGAUCAAACACAAUCCAAGCAACCUGAUCCUCUUCUUUGGUAGAUAUUGUUCUCCCUAAGAGAAAAGGGCCGGAAUAAUGCUUGCCUACCCCUAAGAAACAGACCCCCUUUACCCUAGUAUUGUAGUAUAAUCUCAUCUCUUCAGUAUUUUCUGCAAGUGGAAAGGCUACUCUAAGUCGUGCCCUUUCCUGAAGCUUCCAUAGCAGAGACACACCUGCAGGUGAGGAAACAGCAGUGUGUUUGCUCCUUUCCCUUCUCAGACUGGUUUCAGUGUGGAUUGAGCCAUGCAAAGAGUAAGCCCUCAGAGAAUAGAGCCCCUCAAAGACCAGGAAGGGGCCACACGAUUUUCACUUGAGGUAGGAAUUGCAGAUAGGGCUCCAAGUCUUUGGUAUUCCAUCAUGUAGAAAGCCAUGGGCUAUGCUCAUCCCAUUCCCUGGUACUAUCCUGCUAACAAACCCAUGCAGUUCCUGAAACACUGGCUUUGAAAUCCCCAGUCUGGAGAAGAUGCUUGUGGAUAAGAUUCUGCAAUGCAGGGUAUUAAUUUGUGCCCAUGUGAGUUUUAUUUUUUUUUUUUACCUAUCUAUUGGGAAAUGGUGCACAUAUCCACUAUGAUCAGAGCUGUCCUCUCAUCAUGAGUACCUCAGGUAAUACUGAAUUUCUUCCAGAGUCUUUCCAAAGUCAUGGAGAGUUUCCCUUCCACUUCAGAAUGUUCAAGGAGAUCUAACUUUGUCUAGUUGCAGUUAUGUCUUGUCACAGAGUAUACCUUCAAAGCCUGAAACAUGGAUAUCUGGAGGAUGCAGAACUCAACUCCCAAGCAAAAGAGUUAUCUGAAUUCUUGUUUAAAACAUUGGAAGUCACUUCAAAUUUGAGAACAUUUAGAUUUUUGUGAAAAAUCCUGAAAGUGAUGUUAAAGAAUCUGAUUUCCCCAUGGGAGUUUUGUGAAAAAACACAGCUUUUAAAGUAAUUCCUGUCUCUGUUGAUCUUGCUUAGCAAAUAAACUUCAAUUUGUUCCUGGAAAGUUCUCAGUUGUUCAAAACUCAAGAGCAUUUUUAUUCCAUGAAUGUAGCUGGGCUUCUUUGUUCCUAUGGUAGUUCAAGACUACAUCUCUCAUUUUCAAGAAAUACAUAAGAAUCCUAAUUUUCUCUGUCUUUUGUCCCAAUGUGUCCACUAGCAUCUCCACGUAUGGUUCCAUUGGCACAAUGCUAUGACCUGUUUUCAUUCUAAUCAUAUAUUACUGAUUUUGAUGCACAUAAUUGAUUUUUUCUUUCUUAACACAAUAAAAGAAAGUCACAAACC